AUGACUGAUCUUUGUAACAAGUACAAAGAAGUAUUUGAACCGGCUAUCGGUACAAUAAAAAACUUUAAGGCAAGCAUCUACUUAAAGCAAAAUUUCGUGCCGAAAUUCUACAAAAGCAGACCAAUUCCAUUUGCUCAAAUGGAAAAGUUCAAGGAGGAAGUUAAGCGUCUCACAGAUGCCGGUAUUUGGAAAGCAGUCAAAUUCAGCAACUGGGCAUCACCAAUAGUACUAGCACCCAAGCCAGGUGGAGCACUACGGAUCUGUGGCGACUUCAAACAAGGUGUCAAUUCACAAUUGGACAUCGAGCAAUAUCCACUGCCAACACGUGAGUCUUUAUUACAUACGAUCCGUCACGGCACCCAUUUCUCCAAAAUCGACUUGAAAGACGCAUAUCUUCAAAUGGAGUUAGAUGAUGCGGCAAAAGAACUUAUGGUCGUCAGCACGCCAUUGGGUCUCUUCCAAUACCAACGUUUACCAUAUGGAAUAGCGAGCGCUCCAGCUAUAUUCCAGCGUCAUCUUGAACAACUUCUGAGUGGCAUAGAAGGUUGUGGAAAUUACCUAGACGACAUAAUAAUCUCAGCUCCAACAGUUGAGCAGCACCUUGCCCGCCUCGAACAAGUUUUACGCAUUCUACGAGAGAAUGGCAUUAAAUGUAAGAGGGAGAAGUGUUUCUUCUUGAGAGACGAAAUUGAGUAUCUCGGAAGAAGAGUAAGCAUCAAGGGCAUCCUUCCGGAUACCUCGGGACUAGAAGCUGUGAAGAUAUUGAAACCCCCCAUUAAUCUACAGCAGCUGGAUGCUUUCAUGGGAAAAGUUAACUACUACUGCAAUUUCAUCCCCAAUUUUUCUCAGCUAGCGUCUCCGCUCAAUCAGCUUCGAAGGAAGAACGUAGUCUUCAAAUUCGGUCGGAGUCAGCAGCAGGCUUUUACAGCUUUAAAAGCACACAUUCUCAACGCUACAGAACUAGCACAUUUCAACGAGCAUCUACCGCUUGUUCUAGCCACCGAUGCAUCUUCAUAUGGCAUUGGUGCGGUAUUGUCACACACUCAAGCAGAUGGUUCGAUACAGCCAAAUAGAAAAGGAAGCACUCUCGAUUGUAUUUGGGGUAAAGAAAUUCCAUCAGUACCUUUACGGCAGAAAGUUUAUUCUCAUUACGGAUCACAAGCCAUUGGUCACGAUAUUCAACCCAAGCAAGCAUCUGCCUACGAUGACUUCGAACAGGCUUCAACGUUGGGCUAUAAUCUUGAUGGCAUACAACUUUGAAAUAAGGUAUCGCAGCACCACAGCUCAUGGAAAUGCAGACGCACUCUCACGUCUUCCUAUCAGCUCGGAUGAAAAGUUCGACACAGAAGAGGUAUGCUACAAUGUCGUCGAGAUGACAUGUCCAAUAAAUGCCGACAUAAUCUUGCAACAUCUUCAAAACGACCGUACUCUAAAAAAGGUCUAUCAAUUCGUAUCUACUGGUUGGCCAGAACAACAGCAGGAUCUCGAAAUGUUGCCAUAUUAUAAUCGUAGAUUCGCCCUGACGAUUAACAACAAGCUACCAUGUCUCCAUUCUGACGUAAAUAGAAUCAUCAUUCCUCAAACUCUACGGAAUAAGAUUGUAAAUAUCCUCCACGAGGGUCAUUGGGGAAUAGUACGCAUGAAACAACUGGCACUACAACACGUGUGGUGGCCAGGUAUCGACGAUGAUAUCGCAACAAUUGCAAAGGAUUGUAGCGUUUGCAAGAUAGGCAAUCCAGCCCCAGUAAAGGAAUUCCAGAGCUGGCCAAAAACGACAUCCGCCUGGGAAAGAAUACACAUCGACUUUGCCGGUCCUAUAUUUGACUCCAUGUGGUUAAUUUGCGUCGAUGCACAUUCUCAGUUUCCGUUCGUAGUACAAAUGACAGCGACAACAACAGAAAACACUAUAGCCGCACUUACAUCCAUUUUUGCCAUUGAGGGUUAUCCUAAAACUUUAGUCAGUGAUAACGGGCCUCAACUUUCAUCCGACUCGUUUAAUCAGUUCUGUCAGCUGCAUGGAAUAAGCCACAUCACAACCGCCCCAUUUCAUCCAGCAUCAAAUGGACUUGCUGAGCGCUUCGUCCAAACAUUCAAAACGUCCGUCAGCAAAAAUAUAAAGGAUGGAUAUCGAGUCAACACAGCCGUAACAAAGUACCUCAGCACGUAUCGUUUCACACCUAACUCUGAAGGAAAAACACCUGCAGAACUUCUUCAUGGUCGUCCGGUUCGAACGAUCUUAAGUCAACUCUUCGAGAAGAGAUCUGAAAGCAAGCAGACGCAGCAAACAAAGUAUUCUCCUAAUCAGAAAGUUUUUGCCAGAAACUAUGCAAGGGGAGAAAAGUGGAUAAAAGCUAUCAUCGAUCGGCCUAUAGGUCGUAUGUUAUUUAUCCUUCGUUCAUCCACAGGUUUCAUCAAGCGCCACAUAAACCAGAUAAAGCCAAGAUCUGACCCUGAUAACUGCAGCUCCAGCUACAACGAGGACAACAAUAAGUUUUGGUGGGCUCCUGAAGUCUCAAGUUCGCCCGCAACUCCGACGACACUAACCCAAGAAGAAGAACCGUCAUCCGAUCCAGUACAGAAUUCUCAAUCUAUUGCUGGCUCCAACGAAGUGCCUGCAGCAUCUACACAAAACGUUCUACAACAACCCCAACAACGACGUUCGGGUAUCCCCAUCCGUAGCAGCACUCGCCAACGCAGAGUCCCCAGCCGCUACUCGCCUUAGCCUUAGAGGAAACGUAAAAAUCAUUAACAAACCGUAAUUUAAGGGGAGAGAUGUGUUAUAUGUUAGCAACAUAAGUAUUAUUUCACGAUCCAUUGAAAUGUAUUCACAUACACACUAACACUACCUCACCCGAAUGUAUGUAUGCUCAGAGAGCGCUUGAGAGAGUAAUAAAGUCAGUUCGAUUUUAGUUCUCACCCUGAA